AGCGCGCUGUGUGGUCACCGUUCCCCAGGUGGUAUCCGGCCCUUCGCUCAGUGAGGGACACAGAGGAGGGCUGUGGACAUGUUUUCAAGAAGCCAGACUCGCUGACAACCAAAUCUCUCCAAGCUCCUGAUAAAGACAGCUCUCGGGACCCACGGAGAGCUGCAGGGUCCCUGAGGGGCAGUCAACAUAUAUGGCCAAAAAAAAUGCCAAGAAGGAAGUGACAGGCAGGAACUGGCAUCAAGACCCUGAAGAGGAGGGAACAUUCUCGCUGGCCAGUCAGGAUGUCCUGAGGAAUAGAACCAUAAAGAGAGCCAAGCGGAGACACACCAGACUCCAGCCCGAUGGUGGAGGGACUUCCAAAGGGAUUAAGGGUUUGGCUGUGUCUUCCGGAAGAGGAGAAUUUAGCAACAGCCAUGGAGAGAAGCCUCUGGAAGGAAUAACAACCAGAAAGAACACAGCUAGGGCAGCAGCAGAGCCCAAGGCAGCCCUGGGUUCUGUGACUGCAAAUGGCCCCGCCUCUUUGGGCCAGGAACAGACCUCAGUUCCCCAGACUAAUGGCCAUAAUCAACAAGCUGCCUACUUGGGCCUUUCUUUCAGUCAAGCCUAUGCUGGGAGUGUCUACCACAGGCAGUUGACUGGCCUGAACUGCUCUGUCCGGGACUGGAUAGUGAAGCACGUGAACGCAAACCCAUUCUGCAAUCUGACGCCUGUGUUUAAACAGUAUGAGAAGUACUUAGUCGCCAUCGAAAAGCAGCUCCAUAGCAGCUACAGCUGUCUUUCCGAAAGAGAACCCAACAGGGGCCUGGUUGGGACACAGCCUCCUUCCCUAGUUGUUGCCACCAAACCACAGCCAGAGUCGGUUGCAUCAGAAAAGACAGAGUUUAUAGCUGAAAAGAAAGCGGGUCCACCACAAGGAGCAACAAUUACUUCGUGUAACUUUGUCAAGAACACCGAAAGCCCAUUUUUGGGUUCCUUAAGCUCUGGUCCCAUGAGUGGAGUUUCAUCAUCCACCAGAAGCUCCAGCUUAACUGGCAAAGGUACCACCCUGAGGAAACCAGCUUCUGCAAAAGCUCUGGAAAGUCCAGCACACAGCAGCAGUGAUGAAUGCAAAGGGGAUGAGCCACCCAAGGUGGUCCUCACUGAAGGGAAGGAGGAGGGGGUUUUCUACUCCAAAAAAUGUAGACUAUUUUAUAAGAAAGACAACGAGUUUAAAGAAAAAGGUGGGGGCAUCCUGCACUUAAAAGCCACAGCCAAUCAGAAGACGCAGCUCUUAGUGCAAGAUACGAAGUUAGGCAACAUACUCCUAAACAUUAUGGUCCCACCCACUAUGCCAUGUACCCGAAUGGGGAGGAAUAAUGUCCUCAUCGUCUGUGUGCCAGACCCACCGCUUGAUAAGAAGAGUGCCACCAUCGAGGUCACCAUGCUAAUUCGGGUGAAGACAUGUAAGGAUGCAGAGGAACUGCACAAAAUUUUACUGCAGAGAAAGGGUGCCUGAACACAAAUUCCACCAGGGAGCUUGCCGCCUUCCUA